AUGAGUGAAAGCCAAUCCACAGCCAAAACAUCAUCAUCUACAAGUCUUCUCAACCACCGUCCAGUUCUAUUCAGAUGGACCACCACUCACGACAACAAAACUCACAACGAAAAAAUACCUAUUUUACUUUCAGAUACAGUAUUAAUAGUAAAGGAAAAAUUAAAAAGACAAGGAAUCAUUGAUGAUGUUUCCCAAUCGAAAUUGAUCUUCUCGGGAAAGAUUUUGGAAAAUAAUCAGAAAUUUUCUCAAGUGUUGGACUUUCAUUGUGAUCAAUCUGUGGAUGUACCGACUGUACACCUCUUUGGAGGACUUGCCAAAAAUCCCAAGACAUCAUCCGACAAGAAGAAUGAAGAAACCAUUGAAGUGGUUGAGCCAAAAACUCCAACAACGCCUUUCACUCCUGGUACACCAAAUUCAGCUACAGCUAUUCUUUUACAAAAACAACUAUUAUUACAACAGCAAAUGUUAAUGACACAAAUGAUGAUGAAUCAAUUAAUUUUAGCAAAUUCUCCCACUAUGCACUCAGCACCUGCCAUUUUUCAACAAAAUAUGUUUCCAAGCAACCCAACUGUGCAACAACAAACAUCAGCAUCUCGGGUUGCAGAAGCAGUCACAACGCCACAGCCUCAAGAAAAUAUUCAACGACAACCAGAAAAUAUUCAACAGCCAGCGGAAAAUGUUCAACAACCACAAGAAGAUCAGCACCAACAACCUGCUGCAGCUGCUCAAGAACAACCUCAAAGACUCGUCGAUGACAAUGCACCUCCAGCAGGAGCUCAAGAUGAAGGAUAUAAUUUAUUUUAUACAUUUUUAAAAGUACUUUUAAUUUCUACUGUAAUUUUUUCAAAAGAGGGAUGGGUGACAUGGUUAUCUUGCACAAUUGGAUUUUAUCUUGGAAUAAUUCUUUUAAAGUAUAUAAAUAAUGUAAUCAAUAGACGUGUCGCGAGAGAUCAAGAAAGAAGGGAGAGAGAAGAACAGGCUAGAAGAGAGCAAGAAAGGCUCGAAAAUGAAGGUUCUGAGAUGCCACAAAAUAUUGAGCUCAACCAAGCAGCUAUGCCUCCAAAUAGGGGAGUGUUUGGAACUCUGUUCCACAUAGUUUAUCUAUUUUUCAUCUCAUUAGCUCCUUCUUAUCAGCCUAGAAGACCUCUUGUAGUACAUGACGAUGAGAGACAUGAAGAUUAA